UAAACUAAUCAUGUCAUUGCCAUUGGAUUGUGUGUGGCUGCGUCAGUUAAACGUAUAUUCUUAUAAGCAACAAACAAAACAAACCAUUGGUGUGAAUUGUGAUUGCUUCUUCUUCUAUAAAGAAACCUUCAAAUUAAAUUCAUUCAUAUAUAAUUGCGUGAAGCAAUCUCCAAUCUAAAAUCCGCAUCUCUUCUCCGAUUCGUCUAUCUGCAAUUGAAUCUUCUGGAGAUGGCGGCGUCUGCGAGGAUUUGUUGCGGAGGAAGUGCAUGUGCCGUUCGUUGUGAUCGGCGCACGGUGGAUUUGAAUUCUCGAUCGUUUUGUGUUGUUCCGGUGACGAAUCGGCGUAAUUUUUGUGAGAUCGGGAAGGUUUCGAUGUCGAUGGAUGAAUUUGCACCACCACCGUCCGCGGCGGUGAAGAUCGAUCGGGUCGGUGAGAGGAAACGUAGCGGAUCUGUUGUGUCGAGGGAGAAGCUUGAUGUGUGGUUGAGGGAUUCGGUUGUUGAGAUCGUUAAGAAUCUUAGGGAGUCUCCGUUGUUGAUGCACUUAUACGCGGAGGCGAACGGUCGCUUGACUACGACGGCGACGAGUCCGGAGGCGGAGGAUUGGCCGGAAUUGAAAGAGAGGUGGGGUAGAGGGGAAGAGAGGACGCCGGAGGGGGUUAUAUUCGUGGAGAAGCUUACGGACGACGAUGUAGCGGAUCGAGAAGGAGAUGAUGGUGAGGAUGAUUACCACAGCGACGGUGGCGCGUGUGGAGAUACAAGCGCGUGGGGGAUUGUGGCGCAAGGAAGAGGAACGGAUUCUGGACCGGUUUGUUAUUUAUUGAAGACGACCCGGGUUGGGUCCGGUAUGGGGACGGUUUGCACACAUUUCUGCUUGGUUAAGGUUAAGAGCUUCCGGGAGACGGCUAUGUCACAGUUGAAUAACUCGUGGUUGGUGCAGACUGGUCAAUGAAACAAGUCAAAAGGAUUGAUCUGUAUAUUUUUAUUCACUUUGGGUUUUGAUUAUGAAACCCUUAUGGAUAUGAUCAAAUGAUUUGGUGAACUAAAAUGUAAAUAACAAAAGGUUAAGUUGAUUGGUUAUAGUGAUUGGUUUUACCAAAGAACAUUGUUAGUUUGUUACUAUUGUAGUAGAAAACUUAUAAUAGACCAACUUGUAAAGAUCAAGAGUUUCCUAUAUGAUAUGAUACUCCAUCACAUUACAAUA